AUGGAAAAGAUACUAGCAAGGCUUUCUCCAAGAGCCCCAUUGUCUGGUACCAGAGCCUGUGCCGAUCAGGACAUUCUCACAAAACUCUCGGAGCAACAAAGUCUACUAGAAGAGCAGAAGAGGUUGCUUGUCCAUAACAAUACAGCUCCAGGCACCAAUGUGGAAGUGGGAGAGUCUCCCGACAUCUCGAUCUUUCCUGCUACUGAAUCUCUUGUCACUACAGGUGGAGCUCGAUGUGAAUCAGGGACGGUGGAGACAUCCGAACUGCUUCGUCUGAAGCGGGAGUUACACGCUGCUAAUUCUAAAAUUGCCCUCCAGGAGCAGGAAUUGGCUCAGACUCGUGUGAUUAAGCAUACUCUCGACCAAGCCCUUGGCCCUCCAUCUGAAACCGACUUAGGUGGCCAGGAAGUUACCGAACAGACGAUCAGUAAUCUGCAGAAUGUGUUCAAUGCAUCGAGUUAUGCGUUCAACCAAUACCAGGACUCAUGGAAUGGACAGGAAGAUGAACAAUCUGAUACUUCUGAGGCUUUAUCUGGAGCGGCUUAUAACAGCGCUCGUGGAUUUUGGGCACCUUCUGCUCACCCAGCACUUGGCAAUGCAUUUACUGCAGACAAACCUUUCUGUGAAUCUUUACCCUUGGCUAGUAGCUCAGUUGGCCAGGAAUCGAGCAGAUUCUGGACUGGAUCAGCUCAGAAUACCGGUUUUCCAAGUCAUGUACCUUUACAAUCCCAUCAGAUUCUCUCGAGUCCCUCGCCAGGAACCUGCAGCCUCGAGCCACGGUUUUCUGGGGAUCAGCCUCAAUUUCUUCAAGGCCCUGGCCUUGGACCAAGGCGCCAGAUCUCUCAGGUGAAUCGUACUGGGUCUUGCUUUCCAAUCCAGAACCCUCCCUGGGGGACGUUUUCUACUGGUCCUCUUACCCACCCCAUUCCUAGAGCACCACCAGCGAAUAGACAGUAUGGAGCCUUCCAACAGUUGGGAAUGUAUCCGGUUCCUUCAUGCCAUCCACGGCAUAUCGGCAGCCCUCUUUCUCCGACAGCAACUGAAUUUACGUCAGCUAAUUCAAGCGUGACCUCCUGGGGAGCUUCAUCGGCCUGUGGCAAUGCCUUGCAAACGUAUCUGUCACCGUUCGAACCACUUAACUAUCGCCGACUCCUGGACAAAAAUGUUUCAUGUGACUGGAAAUAUAUCGUGGACAAAAUCGUUUGCAGCAAUGAUCAACAAGCCUCGAUUUUCCUCCAGCAGAAGCUCAAGGUUGGAACAGCUGAGCAGAAAUACGAUAUCAUCGAGGCAAUCGUGAACCAGGCGUAUCCUCUGAUGGUCAAUCGCUUUGGUAAUUUUCUGGUUCAACGCUGCUUCGAACAUGGCACGCCUGAGCAAAUUGUUGCCAUCGCUAAUGCCAUACGAGGAAAUACAUUGAUCCUCAGCAUGGAUCCAUUUGGAUGCCAUGUGGUUCAAAAGGCCUUUGAUUGUGUUCCCGAAGAGCACAAAGCCAUUAUGGUCCAUGAGCUAUUGCGCAGAAUCCCGGAGACUGUCAUCCAUCGAUAUGCAUGUCAUGUCUGGCAGAAGCUUUUUGAGCUGCGUUGGAGCGGCGAGCCACCACAGAUUAUGGCAAAGGUUAACGACGCAUUACGUGGGAUGUGGCACGAAGUUGCCCUAGGGGAGACAGGAAGCUUGGUUGUUCAGAACAUCUUUGAGAAUUGCGUGGAGGAUGAAAAGCGCCCAGCAAUUGAAGAGGUACUAGCGAAGAUCGAUGUGCUAGCUCAUGGUCAAUUUGGAAAUUGGUGUAUUCAACAUAUUUGUGAACAUGGUGCCCCUCAUGACAAGAGCCGCGCAACUGAGCAUAUUCUUCAUUGGGCAGUCGACUACAGCAUGGAUCAAUUCGCCUCGAAAAUUGUGGAAAAAUGCCUGAAGAUAGGCGGUUCUGAGUUCCUAGACCGUUAUCUCGCCAGAGUGUGUGUUGGACGUGCUGACCGGCCGAGGAUGCCACUUAUUGACAUUGCGGGAGACCAAUAUGGUAACUACUUGAUUCAAUGGAUUCUAAUAAAUGCUGCCCCCCAUCAGCGUGAACUCGUUGCGACCCAUAUACGAAAACACAUGGUUUCCCUACGUGGCUCAAAAUUCGGAUCACGAGUGGCAAUGCUGUGCUGCAAUCCAUCCCAUACUACUCGCCCCGGUCCUGGAGCUGGUAUGCAGAUUGGCCGUUAUAACAAUUUCAAUGAUGACCGCUUUCAAACAGCAGGCCAGCCAGCUGGCCGCUUCAAUCGCGUGAACCAGUGGAAUACCAAUUAUCUGCCGUUUCGGUGA